AUGCAUCCUGGUUCAACUUUGGGAUCGGAUAAGCCAUCGGCAAUAAAGCAAAUUGGCGACUCUAUUAACGAAAUGCAUGGGAAGACUGAGUUUGUAAAAAUAGUCCUAGAGAACAUGACUGGCCAAGACAGGAUUGUCGGAUCUAAUAUUGCGGACCUGAGAGAUAUAAUUACCUACGUUAAGAACAAAGAGCGAGUUGGCGUUUGCAUAGAUACUUGCCACAGCUUCUGUGCUGGCUAUGACUUGCGCACUGAAAAUACAUUCAAUAAAUUCUGGGAUUUAUUCGACAAAACUGUUGGUUAUAAGUAUUUGAGCGGGAUCCAUCUAAAUGAUUCCAAAUUUCCCUUUGAUAGCAAACGAGAUGUUCAUUAUAACAUUGGGUUGGGAUUCUUAGGAUUAGAGGCGUUUAGGCUGAUAAUGAACAAGGAAGAACUGCAAAACAUACCGCUAAUUUUGGAAACUCCAAUCGAGCAUGAAGAUGGCAAAACUCCGGAUGAUGAUCCUCGAGCAGAUGAGAUUGCUUUGCUUCGAUGGCUAGUAGGUAAGGAAAAGGACGACAAGGAAGUCUUGGAUAAAUCCAUACAACUACAGAAGUUGGGUGCAAAGGUUAGAGAGAAGAACUUAUUGGUCGUUGAUAAAAAGAAACCCAUUUCCUCUAAAAAGCCUGUAAAAAAUGACGGUACAAUUACAUUUGCAAAAGCUAAAAAGGUCAAAACUGAAGUGCAAGAAAGAAACCUCGAAAACCAAGAAACAGCAUUGGAAUCCGAACUGGAACUAAAAGAUGAACAAGCUACCAUUGUCAAGGCAGAGGCUAAAGAUGGUCCAGAUCCUGAAGUUGAUCAAACGGAUGUUGCAGCUAUAGGUGCAGCAUCGGUUCCCGAGCUGUCGGUUGAUGAUAAUAAGCUAACCUCGCGGAAACGGGCUACUCGCGUCUCUACGAGUACUAGGAAAACUAAAGUACGCAAGCCAUCGGCAUAA